AAAAAAGUUGAGCCUCAGAUCAGGCAGUUUUAAAGACAGGGAGGGACUUAGCUUUCCAGAGCUUGACCAGCAUGUGGAAGGACUGCUCUCUUGGCUGCACUAACUCAGGGCGCUCCUACCUGGGUGCCACUAGAGUAGGAAGUUGUCUGUUUGUUUCCUUCUGUUCCCGAGGGUCCUGUGUGCUUUUCCUGCCUGUAUCAACGUGACUGUCGGUGGUUUUUGCACACCCUGCUCUGUGGGGGAGUGCCCCAACGUGCCUGUCUUAUGUGGCCUCUAUGGACACACUGCUCAGCUGGCAGAGAGCAGGGAAGUUUUCUCCCAGCACCCAAAAAGAGAAAGAGGAAACUACUUUUUCCUUCUGGGCUCCUUGCAGCAGAAUAGACUUCUACAUUGCCUCCCUGGAUUUCUGGAGUGGUUUCCAGGAAGAAGUUAAACUUUUACCUUUAAAUGGAUGACCAUGUCACAAUCAGGAAGAAACAUCUCCAAAGACCCAUCUUUAGACUAAGAUGCUUAGUGAAGCAGCUGGAAAAAGGUGAUGUUAACGUCGUAGACUUAAAGAAGAACAUUGAAUAUGCAGCAUCUGUGUUGGAAGCUGUUUAUAUUGAUGAAACAAGAAGACUGCUGGAUACCGAUGAUGAGCUCAGUGACAUUCAGACUGAUUCAGUCCCAUUGGAAGUACGGGACUGGUUGGCUUCUACUUUUACACGGAAAAUGGGGAUGAUGAAAAAGAAAUCUGAGGAAAAGCCAAAAUUUCGAAGCAUCGUGCAUGCUGUUCAAGCUGGAAUUUUUGUGGAAAGGAUGUACAGAAAGUCCUAUCACAUGGUUGGUUUGGCAUAUCCAGAAGCUGUCAUAAUAACAUUAAAGGAUGUUGAUAAAUGGUCUUUUGAUGUAUUUGCCUUAAAUGAAGCAAGUGGAGAGCACAGCCUGAAGUUUAUGAUUUAUGAACUGUUUACCAGAUAUGAUCUUAUCAAUCGUUUCAAGAUUCCUGUUUCUUGCCUAAUUUGCUUUGCAGAAGCUUUAGAAGUUGGUUACAGCAAGUACAAAAAUCCUUAUCACAAUUUGAUUCAUGCAGCUGAUGUCACUCAAACUGUGCAUUACAUAAUGCUUCAUACAGGUAUCAUGCACUGGCUCACUGAACUGGAAAUUUUAGCAAUGGUCUUUGCUGCUGCCAUUCAUGAUUAUGAGCAUACAGGAACCACAAACAACUUUCACAUUCAGACUAGGUCAGAUGUUGCCCUUUUAUAUAAUGAUCGCUCAGUCCUUGAGAAUCACCAUGUGAGUGCAGCUUAUCGGCUUAUGCAAGAAGAAGAAAUGAAUGUUUUGAUAAAUUUAUCCAAAGAUGACUGGAGGGAUCUUCGGAACCUAGUGAUUGAAAUGGUUUUGUCUACAGACAUGUCAGGUCACUUCCAGCAAAUUAAAAAUAUAAGAAACAGUUUGCAGCAGCCUGAAGGGAUUGACAAAGCCAAAACGAUGUCCCUGAUUCUCCAUGCAGCAGACAUCAGCCACCCAGCCAAAUCCUGGCAGCUGCAUCACCGGUGGACCAUGGCCCUAAUGGAGGAGUUUUUCCUACAGGGAGAUAAAGAAGCUGAGUUAGGACUUCCAUUUUCCCCACUUUGUGACCGGAAGUCAACGAUGGUGGCCCAGUCACAAAUAGGUUUCAUUGACUUCAUAGUAGAGCCAACAUUUUCUCUUCUGACAGAUUCAACAGAGAAAAUUAUUACUCCUCUUAUAGAGGAAGCCUCAAAAACAGAAACUCCUUCCUAUGGGGCAAGCAGUGUUGAUUUGUUUAGACGAUCAAAUAUGAAGGGCACCAUGAACGAUGGAACCUAUUCCCCAGACUACUCCCUUGCAAGCGUGGACCUGAAAAGCUUCAAAAACAACCUGGUGGACAUCAUUCAGCAGAACAAAGAGAGGUGGAAAGAGUUAGCUGCACAAGGUGAACCUGAUCUUCAUAAGAACUCAGAAGACCUAGUAAAUGCUGAGGAAAAACAUGCUGAUACACACUCAUAGGUUUGAAAUACCUUAAAGGCUUC